GCAGUGCGGCAACCCUAACAACAACAGCCUGACCUGCUGCUAAAUAAUUUAUUAAUUUUGAAGUCUAAGCGAUAAGAAAACACAAUGACUGGAAUCAUGGACUCUGUGGAAAUGCCCAAAUUGCCGGAGAAUCAAAAGACCUUUGCCGGCAUACCAGAGGCGGUAUUCCUGGAGGAGAUCGACUCAUUUAUGGCCCAGCCAGAAAACGAGAACUGUGAGAAGGUUCUGCAGCGACUGGACGAACAGCAUGGAAAAUAUCGAUUCAUGGCCUACAAUUUGGAAGCUCGGCGUCGUAAGCUGAAAUCUCAGAUACCCGAUUUGGAGCGUUCACUGGAAAUGGUGAAUGUGUUGCGUAAGGAGGAUGAAGAUCGUGAAACGCAAUUUCUGCUGAGUGACCAGGUGUUUAUUAAGACCUUGGUGCCUCCCACAAAAACCGUUUACCUCUGGUUGGGAGCCAGUGUAAUGCUGGAGUAUCCCUUGGAUGAGGCCGAGGCACUGCUGAAGCAAAAUAUCACAUCGGCUGUAGGCAAUCUAAAGUCUGUCGAACAUGACCAGGACUUUUUAAGGGAUCAAAUUACCACAACAGAAGUGAAUAUGGCUCGUGUCUACAACUGGGGUGUGAAAAAGCGGCAGGCCGCUGCCAAAACGAACGCAAGUAGUAACCAAUCCUAAAAUUGUCAAAUCAACUCGCCCAUUCUUACGUCUCUCGCGUAUUAUUUAUUUCGAAAAUAAAAACAACAAAAAUGUGCAUUCAGAUGCGGCAAGCAGAGAUAAAGCGUAGCCGCAAUUGCAUUUGUCGCUUGCUUUAAACUUGUUCUCCAUUAAAGUUACAAUAAAUACGAAUAAAAGGAACCUGUGACAGGAUAAUUAAUACAACAAA